AUGGGAGCUCCCCGGCUUCGGAUCAAAGGCGCAACCUUCAAAGACCCAAAUAAUCGAGAAAUUACGCUUAGAGGCAUCAAUGUCGCCGGAGAAUCCAAAUACCCCAAGAGCCCUGAUACCCCUUCUUAUGUGCCCGACAAGUUCUUUGAGACAGAUGACGUUUCAUUCGUUGGUCGCCCGUUCUCGCUGGAUGACGCACAUACACACUUCGCAAGGCUACGGAAAUGGGGCUACAAUACCAUAAGAUAUAUUUUCACCUGGGAGGCUAUAGAACACGCAGGUCCUGGGAAGUAUGACGACGAAUGGAUUUCUUUCACCAUUGAAGUCCUUCGAAUUGCGAAGCAAUACCAAUUCUAUGUGUUCAUGGACCCUCAUCAGGAUGUGUGGUCCAGAUUGUCAGGAGGAUCCGGUGCACCAGGGUGGACUCUCUAUGCAGCGGGACUUAACCCAAGAACUUUCAAGAAGACCGAAGCUGCUCUUGUCCAAAACACAUAUGACAAUCCGGCAGAGUUUCCGAAGAUGAUCUGGAGUACAAAUUACACCCGUCUUGUCUGCCAGACCAUGUUCACCCUGUUCUGGGCUGGUCGAGACUUUGCACCCAAGGCAAUCAUCAAUGGUGUGAACAUCCAAGAAUACCUUCAGGGUCACUUCAUCGCUGCUUGCCGAUAUUUCGCGCAGAAGAUCCACGAGGCCGGUGAUCUGGAAAAUGAAGUAGUUAUCGGAUGGGAAAGCUUGAAUGAGCCCCAUAGAGGACUUAUUGGUGUUCAGGACAUAUCAGUGGUUCCGCCUGACCAACAACUCCAGUUAGGGACAUCCCCUACUGCUUUCCAGGCAAUGUUGACUGGAUCUGGACGAGCUUGCGAGGAGACGACGUGGGCGUUCGGUGGCUUUGGCCCUCACCAGACUGGUCGGGAACUCGUGGACCCUGAGGGUGAGUCCGCAUGGCUGCCUGCGAGCUAUGAUGAUCACAAAUAUGGUUGGAAAAGAGAUCCGGAAUGGAAAUUAGGCGAGUGUCUAUGGGCACAGCACGGCGUCUGGGAUCCGUCAACAGACCGACUACUCAGAAAAGAUUAUUUCGCUAAGAAACCCCAAAGCGGCGAACCAUUGAAUUACGAUGUCUUCACGAACACAUAUUUUAUGGAGCAUUAUAGGGCGUACAAGGAUGCCAUUAGAAGUGUAUGGCCCGAGUCCAUCAUGCUUUGCCAGCCCCCUGUCAUGGAAGUACCCCCCGAUCUCAAGGGAUCAUUCGAUGACGAUCCCAACAUGAUUCAUGCCGUACACUACUACGAUGGCCUGACAUUGUUGACAAAGCAUUGGAAUCGACUAUACAACGUUGAUGUAAUUGGCGUGCUUCGUGGGAAAUAUCUCGCCCCAGCAUUUGCUGUGAAGAUUGGGGAGACGGCGAUCCGGAAUUGUCUGCGUGACCAGCUCAAGUAUCUCCGAGAGGAGAGUUUACGAUUUAUGGGAAACCAUCCCAUGAUCUUUACGGAGAUCGGAAUCCCCUACGACAUGGAUGACAAACAUGCGUACAAAACUGGCGAUUAUAGUAGCCAAAUUAGUGCAAUGGAUGCCAACCAUUUUGCCCUGGAAGGCAGCACUGCCAAUGGCUUUACACUGUGGCUUUACACAACACAGAACAAUCAUGAAUGGGGCGAUAACUGGAACGGCGAGGACCUCUCGAUCUACUCCCUCGACGACCCCGAGCUGCCGAGCGGUAAGCUGUUAGCGAUUGAAAGCGCAUCACAUUCGCGGUCUGACCCUCAUUCUCCAGCCUAUUCAGAGAGUCACAGUAACAUGGAAGAUGAACAUGUGGGACCUUCGAAUCUGAAAGACGCGCUUCGGCCAGCCUCUAUCACUUCCGAACUUUCUUCCCUUCAGCUCUCCAAAGACCAGACAGGCUUUCGCGCCGCGGAGGCCUACAUUCGACCAAGCCCGAUUUUCACCAACGGCUCUCUCACGCACCAUGGCUUCGACUUACGGAAUUGCACCUUCACCAUGUCAUUAGUGGCCAAAGAAAAGGCCGUGAGAGGGGAUCAACCCACCGAGAUCUAUUUGCCAGAUUUCCACUUUCCGGAUAUACAAUCCGUAGUCUCUGUCAGCAGUGGGGAGUGGACAAUCGACCAUGCAGAGAUUGACUCUGUGAAAAUCCAACGACUUCGGUGGUGGCACCCAGAUGGAAAACAGGAAAUCAAGAUUCAAGGAGUCAAACGCAAGCCAGGCGACUUGACCAAAGUCUCCGGAGAGGAUUUAACCUAUCUGGAACAAUGCCAACGUGGAGCCUGUACUAUCAUGUAG